AUGCAACGGAUAGUACACAGGUCACUUGGAGCGACCAUCCUGCCGACGGUAGUUGUGGGGAACUAUACACCGGCGCCAGAAGUUGCAUUCUUCUCCUCCAGGGGGCCUUCUAACAACUCGGCCCACAUUAUCAAGCCUGACAUCACUGCACCUGGAGUCAACAUCCUUGCCGCUUGGACAGGUGACGACGACCUCGAUAAGCCAAAAGGAAGGCCUCAGUCAAGCUUCUACCUCGACUCUGGAACUUCCAUGUCGUGCCCUCACGUUUCAGGGGUUGCCGCCGACAUCUGUUGA